UUACACCCGCAGCAGCGGUCGCCAGCCGGACCGAUCCGAACAUUGCGAGAAAUAGCCUACCCCGGGGGAUGGGGGGUUGUGUUGUGCUAGUGGGGCGCGUGAGGACGAGUGAGAGUAAAAGAAGCAAGCAAGAACAAUCACACACGCACACACACACACACGAACAAACACACAUACAUACGCAGUAGAGUAAGAAGAAAAAAAAACAGUAAAUCCUGAGCUUUCAUCCUGACUCCUCUGUGAUGCUGUGAGUGUACCAAGGAGAGAGAGAGAGAGCAUAGAGCAGAGAGAGAGAGCGAGAGAGAACGGGAGGAAUAGAAAGGCAGUGCGAGGGAAUAGGUGCAAACAUGGCCGUGUCUGCAGGGAGAUCCUCGACUCAUCGAUCAAUUAAGAAUCAAUCAUCGUGAUUAACCGAUACGCAGUGCGAGUGAAGCGACGCCAUAGUGACAGACAGCAGGCCCACCAGUGUGCGGUCCAGACGCAGUACAGGUUCCUUUGAAGACGCGCGGCCCCAUCGUAGACCAAGCGCUGCCAGCAUGGAUUCGUUCUUCCGGCUGCGUCGGUCGUCCCACACGCCCGCGUACAGCCAGGGCGGCCAGGAGCCGCUGAUCGUGGUCGAGGAGUCGGAAAACAAUGAGAAGGAGGAGGAGGCAAGCAAUCAGUCGUCCCAGCGCCAAAGCCUGGACAUCGAGUCGCCGGAGAAUCCGUACUUGCUGUCGCCCUGGCGCGAAACGCGCAAACACUCGCUGCCGACCCCGCCCUGCACCAGCGGCAUCACCGCCAGCCAGGUGCGCCGCCUGUCCGAGCGGGGCGGCGAAGGGUCGGGCCCGUCGCCCCGCGAGCAAGCCUUCCUGGCGACGCUCUACAGCACGCCGGCCCCGCAGCCGGGCGGCCGGCGCCACUCGGUCGUGACGAUCAGCCGCGUGCCGCCCACCAUGUUUGGCCGGAACCGCCGGGAGUCGAUUGCAGCGCUACCGGCCGGCCAGCGCUCGAACGCAAGCUCCCGACGCGAAAGCAAUAUCGGACCGCCGCCAUCGACGGACCACCGAGGUAGUAUACACAAUUUACAGUUAGAUAUAAUGGAUGAUAUAGUACAGGCUAGAAAAGCGCGCAUGAAGCUGUGGAACACGAGCAACGAGCGUGUGUGCGAGGUGCAGACGCUGGACGAGGCCGGCACCGGUUCCAGCUCGCCGAUGCGCUACACCAACCGGCGCUACUCGGACUUUGUCGGUACCGCCCUGCCCCCGAUACAGUCGUUCCGGCGCGCCUCCGAGAUGCCGAUAUCGCCCUGCGGCGCCCCGCUCGUGCCGGGCGGCUCGUUCAACGCGCCGGCCGCCACCGCCACCGGUGCCACAGCCGCAGCCGCCGUCGCCGCCGCCGCAGCCGCCUCCCCGGGCACCGACGCCGCGUCCCCGAAGCCGAAAACGAAGAUGGGUAUCGUGUGCACCAACACUGAUCUGAUAUCUCUCUUAUCGUCUCUAGCCUCGUCUGCGACAGAGAUUAAUCGAUGUGGCGAGAAAGAGCACCCUAGCCCCCUAGCCUCCCACGCGUUUCCGCUCCGGUCGGCGGCCAGGAGCCCGACGGCGGGCCCGUCCGGUGCAGCCGGUGCCGCUGGCGCCGCCGACCCGCCCAAGAGCAAUCUGCAGAAGAAUCGCUCCAACAGUUUUGACAUUUCGCUCUACCAGAAUAUCAAGCAGCUGGCGACCGGGGGCGGCAGCGGGGGCGGGUCGGCCGGUCCGCCCGACGGGCUCGUCGAGUCGGGCUGGUUCGUCAAGCGCCACCAGCCGAUGGCGCGCCGCAAGUCCGCGUCCCGGUCGCCGAGCGCGACCGUCACGUUCGCGCGCGAAACGUUCGACAAGCUGCGGGAGGCCGGAACCGGGCCCGCCCACAAGGAGGAGCCGAAGCCGAAGCCGAAGGAGUCCCGCUCGCCGCUGAACAAGCUGAAGUGGGACGGCCGGAGCGCGAUCGUGGACGCGCGCAUGAUCGGGCACGCGAUCGAGAACUUCAUCACCGGCUCGUCCUCGUCGUCCCCGUCCGCGUCGUCGUCGUCCGGGGGCAAGAAGUCGUCCGCCGGCGGCAAGGAGGGCGGGACCGGCCGGUCCACCGCCGGCGCGAAGAAGUCGGUCACCUCCAGCUGGUUCGGCAAGGCGGACGAGGACGAGGACUCGAACGACACGUGCGACUCGUCGCUCUGCUCCACGCUGAAGGAUCUGUUCGUGAAGUAAGGUGGGGCGUGCGGCACCGCACCCACUACCCGAUGCACCGAUACCCCGCAUGCCGAACGCCCGCGAACGGAUGAGGCAGCACACACCUGCGCGCUGACCCGGAACCGGGGCGCCGUGGGCCGGUCGCAUACGUUCGGGGCACGUUCCGGCACAGAUGCCCACCGAUUACACGCAAGCUAGCAGUGCAGGAGAUAUAGGUGUGAGUGUGUGUGAAUGCGAGUAUGUAUGAAUGAUUGCAUGUGUGUGUGUGUGUGUGAAGAGGACGCCAGCAGCGAACGACAAGAGGACGUGGACGGCGCACACAAUUAACAUUAACCAAUCCCACCAAUGUUAGCAUAGCCUUUUUGGACAUCUACCGAUAUCGUGAACAAGUUUUACUAGGCUAACGGAUCUACUUAAGCAUGUUCGUACGUUGUGCAUUCUCUUAGAGUACUUGUUGUAUUUUGUUGUUGUUGUUGUGUCGGUUCACAUACAAUUUUUCUACGCAAACUCAACACGACUCGCUCAUAGCAAUACUGUUACCACCGUAGCGCGGUGCACGCGAAAAAUGGGAAGUUGGCACGUUGCCAAGUUCAAAUCCUAGGAAGGAUCGUACGAUUGGUGGCAAGUUUUGCUAGCAAGUUCUAGCACUGUUCCGUUCCGAUCGCUCCAUUCCCCGUUUAUUUAUCGUUGCAAAAAACGGUUCCCUGUAGUAAUCCCCAAUUGAUUCUGUCCAAUCCCAAAGCAUCUCCCAAAAUGCCCGAUAAGCCCAAAUAGAGUCCUCUCCAAAUUCCUUUGCUGGGGAAUAUCGCAAACUAUCACCCACAGAUCUUACGUUGCUGUGAAAUCCAUCCAUAUCUUAAGGUCUCACUAAUAUGCUACGAAUUCUCAGACACAGGGAUGAUUCACCAAUGUUUUCAAAAAACAUGAAAAUGUUAGGAACGUGCUGGGAAUAUCGCAGCUAUAUCUAUUUGUUGAGGUACGUCUCUAUGUCCAAAUGUAUGUCGGAAGAAUGUCUGAAGAACAUUUCGGCAAUAUCCGCGAUCCGUUACAUGACCUUUGAAGUCAUCGUGCCCACUCUGACUUACUUGCAUAAACUCCACAGGAAUGUUCCACAAAUGACUUCAGAGUGCACGAAGAUGUUAGAAACGUCUAGUUGUUGAGGUACAUCUCUAUUUCUCCAAAGUCCAAAUGUAUUUCGAAAUUAUGUUUGAAGAACAGUUUAGCAAUGUCCGCGAUCUGCGACUUGCCUGUUGAAGUUAUCGUGCCCACCAAUAUCCCAAUGUUUUCUAAUGAAUAUCAGUACCAGAAAAAUCCAGAUGUUUUGAUGCACUCGCUUCCGAGUUGGAAAGAUCGAAUGUCCAAGAAUAUGUCAACAUUAUCCGGACCACUACAUUUCUGACAGUAAACUCCUCAUGCCCUCUAGAUGCAGUGUAUCUCAAUAAUGAUUCAAUAGUCUCCUAGCAGUAUCUCUCUUAUAUUCCAAGAAUGUCCGGAGAAUAUUUUGUUGUUUCUUUGAGCCUCCCGUAUUAAAAACGCCCCAAGAAUAUUUCAAGAAUGUUCGCUAGAUUAUCUUAAUAAUCCUUCAAUCGUAUCUUAGCAAUAUUCUAAGAAUAUACCGAAAAUGUUUCGAAAACUCCAACACCCCCAAGAAUAUCUCAAGGAUAUAUCCUGAGAAUACUUCCAAGGUAUUCCCAGUUAAGAAUAUUUCCAGGUAUCAAGGAUAUACCCUGAGAACAUCCCAACAUUAUCCAACUCUCAUUCACAUCUAGUGGAUAUCCCCUAGCAUAUCCCAACAAUAUCCUAACACUAACCCAAUCCAAUCCAAUACUUCCAAUAUCCAAUUCCAAUACUCUAUCUGCCCAUUUUCUGCGUCCCAUCCAUAUCAUACUUCCCCGUGCCCAGCCUUGGUUUGGUUUUUGGCCUGGUUUUCCUCGACCGUAAGAGGUACAUUCGCAAACAAACGGGUUACGUGAGACUAAAGCAACAGAUACUGCGAUACUGUAAAACGUUUCGAAUCCACCACCGCCGUACAAACAAAACUGUGGAAGAGUGGGGAGGUGGAGCGAGUGGGCGGAGUUGGAGGUACGUCAAUGUUUUUUUUUGUUUCCCUCCCCCGAGAGCAAUUUUGCCCCACCUCACCCAACCCGAUCAGACGGUGCAGCUAAGAGACGGGAGGGGUUUACUGUACAAGGAUGUUUACAUCUGUUUUGCAAAAGCGUCCUCACAACACUCCUAGAGACUGUAGUAGUACUUUGUAAGUGUCUAAAUGGAAAUCAAAACAUUAAAGGCAGAACAGGCCGGAAGACGUUGAAAUUGUUCUCAAGAUGGCGCCAGAGGUUCCACGGGGAGGGGAGGAGUGAUAAUGCGAGAUAAUAUACACACGGGGCAUUACCUAUCACUACCAUCUUCUGCAGUCCGUUCCACGCAGGUGCGCACCUUUGAGGUUGCGUCAACCGUUGCGGCAAAACAAACUGGCGCGUUGCGCUGUUCCACCUUUGCCCUAGCCAAGCUCAUGCAGACGUGCAGACGACACCUGCACCGAACACCGAAUUACAUCCGGAACAUUGCGACAAAGGCCACGAAUUGAUGCCUCCUCCGUGCGUGUAUGCAAAUCCGUUGACCCAAUCGGUCCCAAUCGGCUCCAAAUCUUUUUCCACAAAAAAAGGCAUCGGUAGAACGGAUGCAGUUAAAAAAACGCAAUUUCGCAUUGUGAGACUAUAAAGAGCUAAAGCUAAAAAAGCAAGCAAACGAAAAAAAAGCAAACAAAAAAAUAACAACUCCCCUGGAAAAGGUCGUAGCGCGUUUCAGACACUUACUAAACUAAACAAUAUACGAGUUUUACCUUCUUUCUUGGGUGUGAUUAAACGUAAGAAAAUGCAUCUCUUAAUCCGACAAUCGUGACAUAGUUAGCAGAGAGAAAGGUCCCUCGAUGUAAAACAAAACCAAAACAAAACAAAACAACAAAAAAACACACCCACCGGGUGGCAAAUUGUGGUUGUUAUAUAAUACUGUAAACAAAAAGAUUUGAUAUUGCUAUUUGUAUACACGCGUGGCAGUAUGAUCAUGGAUCACGCACCGUGCCCACCGUGUCUGUCUGUAUGUAAGUGUGUGUGUGUGUGUGUGUGUGUAUUUAAGAUGUUUAAGGGAAAAAAGGGGGAGGAAGGAGAGAAGGGGAAGAAGGGGCAAGAAGAGCAGGAAGUGGUGGUGGGCAAGAGAUCCGAACGGAAGUUUAACUUUAGCAAUGCGUGUGUCAAUAGACGUUUUUGGAGCAACUUUGUUCGUUACAACUUUCUACUACAUAUCCGGAACCGGUUCCGUGACAUAUCCAGCAACAUAUAAAAAGGCAAACAAAAAGAAGAAGAAGAAGAAGAAGAAGAAAAUGCCCACGUUCCUUUAAGCACAGAAUUGAUUCGAGUAACCCUGUAAGGAAACUUCCAGCAACUCGUAGGAACGGACAAGAACUAAAUGGAGAGAAGGACACACACAAAAAAAAACAUAUAAACAAUUACGACCCUUCCUUUGAUGUGUGUGGCCGCGUAAAACUAAUGCGCGACCGCCCCACUCUUAACAAAAAACGGUUUUUGUCCCCUCUCUCCCACUGCCCCUUCUCCAACCACUGAAGAACGUGAAGCGCGUCGCUGCCGCCGCGACAAACGACAAAACCACCGACAAGCCCCUAAGGCGCUACCCUUGUGCUGUGAGCGGGCGGGCUAGAUAGAUAGCGUUUUAUUUUUUGGCUGGCGCAAGAAGUUGGCCAGAAAACCAACCAUUGUGCAGCCCCGAGCCCCGAACCGCCUGUAUAAAUCCGCUCUAACAAAAAAAAAAAAAAAAGAAAUAAUAAUAAUAACGCCCCCAAAAACGAGAAACAAUCGGAAACUGUACAGCGUAUAAAGUUUCAACCAAAUCGUGACAAUAUAUAAAACUGAAACGGAGGGUGAGGGGGGAGCGAGGGAAGGGAGGAAGAAGAAGAGCACUCACAGCCCCGUUCCGCCCCCGUCACCCUCCAUCCGGCACUGUUCCAAACUUCCGCACGCAACCUAAACCCGAGAUGAACGUUCAUUUACUUGCGGAGUGAUGCUUGAGGGAAGUGGCGUUUUCUACACUGUUACAAUAGCAUGUGCGUGUGUGUGCGUGGUUGUGCGUGGACGAGAGAAUGAGAAAUGAGAAAAAGGAAACUAAUUCAACCAAAACUAGAAUUCCAAUUGGAUCGUAAGAAAGAACUAGAAUUCCAAAAGACGAUACCAAUCCAACUAGAAACGAAAGCUGCUUUUGGCGAGGCAGGAAGCGCGAGAGUGUGAGAAAGCAAAAGCAAAGCGAACAGAAGAGAAGAGAAAAAAAACCAUCGCAGCACAGCACAACACAUCGUAACAGUGCCGUUUGCUGGUGUAAAAGUGUUUUCGGUAUGCCCAGCCAAACGGACGCGUGGCGGAUUGAGACCGGUUACGUACAGGACUGCACUCAAUCAGCGGGCGGUGCGGAACAGAGCAAACGCAUAUUUUUAAGCAUUUACUGUUAACAAUCUUUAACAAACAAAACAAAAAAGGGUAUAUUUUUUUGAUUCAAGGGUUUUCCUAGUACAUUACCAGCGUUUUCCCCCUCUCGGCGCGCCAGACAGGCAGAAAAGAAACACUGAUUGUUGUUACAUUUAGCGUUAAGAUCUCUAUACAAUAAAGCCAGGAAGAAGGAGGGGCGGGGGGGAAGAUUAAAAAAAAGAUAACUAGUUGAUGAAUGUUUACAAAACUUAAAAAUGACACAUCAUUGUACAACAAAAGCAUAUAUAUAUAAAAAUAAAGAGCAUAUACUUAUACUUAGUGAAGCAGUGAAACAAAGCAAGAGAAAGCGACAAACAGCUGAUAAACCGCCCUUACUAUGGGGUCAGGUACUAACGGAGGCAUGGUAUGGAGAGGAGAAGAAAGCUAACAACUCUACUGAUUGUUGAUAAUCCGACAUUUUGCAACUCUAUGUGAUUACGAUGUAUAUCAAGUGGAACCUAAGAGAAGAAAGAAGAACAAAACAAAACUCUCACACGCACAAACACACACCCAGAUACACAAUUUAUGAAAGCUCACGCUCUCUCUCUCUCGCAGCGACAACACGUACAUGUGUCGCACAUUUUGAGCAGGGCAUGGAAAUGAGUAAAAUAAAUAAAACAUAAAACAUGAAACGCAAACCAACCCACCCGAAACAGUAAACGCAGCAUGCUACAGCUGUAGCUGAAGCGGAACUUGCCAAAGAAGAAGAAGAAUAAGAAGAAGAAGAAGAAGAAGAAGAAGAAGAGGAAGAAGAAGAAAAAGAAGAAGAAGUAGUAGAAGGAGAAGGAAGAAUAAGAAUAAGAAGAAGCAAAAUAAAUCAGAAGAAGUAACACUUCGCGACUAAUCAAACCGAUCAAUAAAAGCAAACAAGCAAAAAAGACCAGAGAGGAGUAGCAACGGCUAAAUACAAAUCAAACAGCAAUCAGCAAAUAGUUAAGCAUUCAGAUAAGCAUAUAUACAUAGAACUAUAGCUGUAUCCUGGCAAUUUGAUAAACCAACUAAACAGAAGCAGAAGAAAAAGAAAAAACUGAACAGCGUGUGGACGGGUGGGGAGCGACGCAACUACAGAGAAGUGGAAAAGGAAAAGAACAAACUAAAAACAAAAA